AUGGCUCCUAACAAGGGGAAAAUGGCUCCAAACAAGGGGAAAAAUGACUCCAAACAGGGGGAAAAUGACUCCAAACAGGGGGAAAAUGACUCCAAACAAGGGGAAAAUGGCUCCAAACAAGGGGAAAAUGGCUCCAAACAAGAGGAAAAUGGCUCUAAACAAGAGGAAAAUGGCUCUAAACAAGAGGAAAAUGGCUCCAAACAAGAGGAAAAUGGCUCCAAACAAGAGGAAAAUGGCUCCAAACAAGGGGAAAAUGGCUCCAAACAAGAGGAAAAUGGCUCCAAACAAGAGGAAAAUGGCUCCAAACAAGGGGAAAAUGGCUCCAAACAAGGGGAAAAUGGCUCCAAACAAGGGGAAAAUGGCUCCAAACAAGGGGAAAAUGGCUCCAAACAAGGGGAACUACUUCAAAUGAGAUACUGUCAAACUAAUGGGUUAGUGGUUGUUAACAAUAAGAUAAUCCGCUGCCAUUAG